UCAAUUAGUAAAUAUGGCGUCGCCAUUUAGAAACUAUUUGUCGAGUUUGUGUUCAUAAAUGAGUUGAUUGACGCCUGUUUUACAAAGACUGCAGUAUUAGCAAGCUAAUUGAAGAAUAUUUCAAGUUAUCAAACUAUCAAGAUGAACGUUCAAGUCCAAGAAGUGCAUGUUUUGAACCCAGUUCGUCCCGACCAUACAAUCCUACAAAAUGCCCUGGUUCAGUUACAAACACCUCAGGAGCAGCAACAAAUGCAGCAGCCGAUGACAGCUACGAUAAGCGUAGAAGUACAAUCGCUGUCCAGCGGAAAGUCAAAGGUUAAAACCAAAACGGAGAAAAAAGAGAAGAAAAAAGAGGCGAUUGACGGGCAAGCCCGAGAGAUAAUUUUCAAGGUUAUAAAAUUUUUUGAAACCGAAAAACAAAAUAGAGGCUACUCGUUUCCGGUCGAAAAUGUCGUGAAACGAGCUUGCGCGGCCACAGGCUUGUCAGAAAGUACUAUAAAGCGUAUUAAAAGGGACGGGUUGAGAGCCGAAGCUACGCAAACGCGAAUUCCGGGCCCGAAGAAAAAACGAGUCAGAAAAACCAAAGUGCAGCUCGACUACUUCCAACUGUGCGCGCUCCGCGGCAUAGUUAACAGCUACUCUGUGAGGAAAGAAGUCCCGACGCUUAGUAAAAUCCUAGCAGCAGCCAAACACGAGCUGAACUACAGAGGGGGUAAGGAGAGUCUAAGGUUAAUAUUGUUGAAUAAGCUCGGUAUUAAGUUUAAGAAGUGUGAGAAGAAGAAUAAGAAGCCUCCGGAGUUGCCGCAGCAGGCUCCGCAGCCACAACCGCAGCAACAACAACAGCAGCAACAGCAACAACAGAUGCCUCAGGUCCAGCACAUGAUGGCUCCCCCACUCAUGCCUCCGAUGAAGCCUUUAGAGACGCAGUGUGUCUAUGCCAACAUGAUGCAGCAGGUGCCUCCAGUCUCAUACUAGACUUUAAUAAAACUAAGCUUGUAACUAGUAUGAACUGCCAGAUUUCUCAUUUCAUAAAUGUAUGGCUAGAUUAGAAUAGAAGCAGGUAUUAUUUUGCUUUUAAUGCAAUUGCAUUCUUCAUUUGAUGCAUCUGAUUUUAUGAGUACAUGGAUUUUUUGCAGUUCCUCUGCAUCAAAACUAUAUACCUGAGACAUAUAUGUGACGUUUUCAACCAAAAGGUACCAAAUUGACGCUUGUUGAUAAGGUUGAUUUCUAAUUGAAGCUAUAUGGAAAUAGUGCCUUACUGACAAGCGACAAUAAGUACCCUUUUGGUUGAAAAUGGCACAUAUGUAGUAUGUAUAUCAUAUCAUAUCACAUUUUGCUGUGUGAUGGUUUUUAUGAGUCUCAUGUAUUGUUAUGUCUAGUGUACUCUAAGCAUAAAGCAAUUUGCAUAGGCAAGUGAGCAAAGCAACUAAAAGCAUUAAUACUGAUAUGUUUGUAUACAAUGGCAGAUUAUGGUGUUAGUACGAGUAUGUGAAUAGCCGGGUCAACACAGAGCGAGCACAUGCGCGAGGCAACUUCCUCGCGCCUAAAACGGCCAGUGUAGACGUGCCUUGGCCGAGGCGGCGCGCGCAAGGCACGUCUAAAAAUGUCGAUACAACACGCGCGACGUCUACACUGGCCGUUUUGCCCCGUGUGGACCCGGCUAAUAGGGUAUUUGACUAUUAGUGAAAUCAGUUUCUUCUUUCUGCACAAAUGAUUUCGCUACUAUGGAAUUUACAUGAAACACUAGCAUGCGACGUCACAAUCAAAUUACUUACUCUUUAUAAUUUUAUACGAGUUUAAAAAUAGAAAUUUAAAAAUAACUGCUGUCUAUGUUUCUCUAUUAAUCUUCUGGUGAUUUAUUUCAUGCAUGGUGUAAAAUAAUUUAUUUUGAAUACAGUCAAAUACCCUAUUGCCUUUGUCAGGGGUCAGCAAACUUUUGAGGAGUCGAAUCAUCAAUUUUAAGGAUCCCAAAGAGCCUCAUAUCGUGGUUUCAGUGGUCUAAGAAUACUAGGUGUAAUUUUUUUGAGUGACGAAGGUUACAAUUGUACCUCCAAAGAGUUGAGCUGCGGUUUACUGACUCCUGGCCUAAGUGGAUACUUGAAUAGAAAAAUCUAACUUUCCAGUAGUAUGUUACAAAAUAGUCUGAUUUAAUCUUACAUAUUGAGAAAGAUUGACAUAAUGCAAUGUUGAAAUAGGGGAUACUACUGCAAUGUUCUGCCACCAGAGUGCAGCACUAGCCUUUUUAGUAAACCAUAGAGUAACUUAUACAUACUGUACCUUUAACAGGUAUUUGACAAGUUUUCAGAGAUAAUAAAAUAUGACACUGAUGCAUCACGGCGGUUUGUUUACAGAGGACCUACCGGGAAACGCGUAUCCGAAAUUUCGCUAUCUGCCUCUUUAUCGCUCCAAUAUGCAAGAGUGACAAAGAUGUUAGAUAACGAAAUUUCUAACGAAAAUCUUUAGAUUAUGGUAGUGGCGCCCCCUACGCAGAGUUUCGCGUAAUAUUCCCUAUUCGAGUGGAAUGUAGUGUGAAAAACCAAUUUAUUUUUAUGUGUAUUUUCAUCAUGAACUAUCAUUACCUAUCAAGUAUGAUUUUAUUAUAUGUGCAUUCUGGAUUAUUAUAUUUUUGUAAUUAUGGUCAAAUGUCAUACAAAUGUUAUAAUCGGCAAAAAGAUAACCAUUUUUAUAUAUUUCAUUGUAUUAAUUGUUAGAUUUAUAUGAAAUAGAUGUACAAAUAUUAUUCAUAGUUUUUGUACAGUAGUUAUUGCAUUAUGUACCAACAAAAAAUGCAGGUUUUACAUGAGAAUUGAAUUAAUCACUGUCAUACUGUCCAAUUUUACCCUAUGAUUUAAUUUAUGGGACAAAAAAACAUGGAUUUUUAAGCCAUAAAAAGAUUUAUGGGUUUUACCUAAUUUAAAAUGAUUUAACAAUAUCAAUGCUUAUAGCAAGUUAAGACAAAGAUAGUCGUAAAACAAGAAGAUUUUGAAAGCUAGUAUCUCAACAUUAAGCCUAAAGCGAGGUUUAGACUAGCAAAAACUUGCAUGCAAUUUUCAUUACAUUGCGGUAUCUGAUAAACAUUUUGAAUGCAGUUUGCCUCAGUAGUCGGCAAUGUAACGUAAAUUGAAUGCAAGUUCUUGCUAGUCUAAACCUUGCUUAAGGUUUAACUUUAGAAAUUUUUAUAGAUCUAUACCUAACUAAGCAAAAUAUCAACAUUUAAAACUUUCACGUUUUGAACACAUAUUAUUAUUUUGCUGGGACGUCAGUUAGCCGCGACCACGACCAGUGAAAGCUGUGUCGAUACGGUAAAUAAAGGUAACAAAAUAAAUUCGCGAUAGACCCGAUUGUAAAUGUGUAAAAUAUUAGAGGGAACUCGCUCCAAAAUUGAAAAUAAUGAGAAAAUCUGGUAAAUGUGUAUAAACCAUGCUUGUAUAUCGCAGAUGCUAAAACUACAGUUUGACUGCCCCAAUUUUUCUAAAAGAUCUGUCAUUUGGGACAUUUUCAAUCAAGUGGUACCACAUUGUCGCUUGUCGAUAAGGUUGAUUUCUAAUUGAAGCUAUAUGGAAAUAGCGCCUUACUGACAAGCUACAAUAAGUACCCUUUUGGGUGCAAAAUGGCACAUUUCAGUGUUAAAGCAGGAUGAUUUACUUACAAAUGUGCAAGCCGUGGAAAGUUUCAAGAAAGUCAGAAAAGUACUCGGAAAUUUCAUAGGAAAUUGAGGAACACGCAAAUCAAAAUAUUUCAUAAAAUAAUUUGAUUUGUUUCCUAGUUGGAAAUUGGGGAAAUUUUCAUUUUGGAAACAUAAAAUUACAAUCCCCAUACAAUAUGAGACGUUUCCGAAAAUUUUCAAUGUUGAAAUUUCUAAAUUUUGGAAACUUUCCGACGCCACAUCAUUACAGUAUUUACUACCCAACCAUCAAUUGGCCAACUAUACUGUAAUUUUAGUAUCUGGGACAUAAAACAUAGCUUCAUUAACCUUUUCGACGCCGUGUCAAACACAAAAGCUGUCACUCGGACGCCACGUCAGCACGUCACCGAAGUGUCAAAACUGAAAUUGAACUUUAUGCACAUGUACGUUGGUCUAUGUUGCUCUGUGGUCUUUGACCGAUUAAUCCGUCUUUGGCGUUGGACCUGCGGUACCGAUAUAUCCGUCAUUGGCGUCCAAAAGGUUAAUUAAAGACCCAAUUUACAACGCAAACGAAACUUUAAACUGAGAGUACAGUCGCCAUCAGAUAUAUCGGAGCGGCCGAGGUGCUCACAAAUAUCUAUUGUCAAGGCGCUAGAGUGUGUGCUCAGAUAUUUUUGAGCACCUCGCCCGCUCUGAUAUAUUAUCUGAUGGCGACUGUCCGACUCUAAGUUUUUUUUAGAGGGGCGCGCAGUUUAAUGCUUGAUUUCCUCCUACGCUGACGUCGGUAGCUGACGUCGAUCGAGCAUACGAAUUAACACAAUGUUCCCCCACAAUGGCCCCCGCACAGCGACGCUGAUGUCCGCGGCAGAUUUUUCUUCCGACGGUACGCUCGACAGACGUCAGCGUAGGAGAAAAUCAGGCCUAAUAGUUUUUGUACAUCAGAACCUACACGCUUUUAAUUUAUCUUAUUGGGUCUUAAAGAUAAGGUAGCUAAUAAAAUUAUCUACUUUUUUAGAGAAAUUUGUUACUAGCUAUCACUUAAAAAAACGCAACUGCGUUUUUGUAAACUUUUUGUCGUUGGAUACCCUAUUUACAGCCUUGAACUAUGUAGACAGGAAAGAUUUGAGUCCUUCCGUAUAAAAAGGGACCUUAGAACGAUUGACGAUGAGGCUGCACAAACCGCCAGUCCGCCUAGGGUCCUUUUAUAUGGAGCGACACAUUAGUAUUUUAGUACGAUAAUUAUGGGCUAUAAAAUAUUAGUAAGUCAUUGCAAAACACUUAUAGACCAUUCAAAUUUAAAGUGUAGAUAUGUGUCAUUUUAAAAAAGGGACGUCGAAGAUCCAUUGAGCAGUUCCGGUCCUAAUCCUGAUGAUCUUAUUUUCGAAUUUUGAUAAGAUGAAAACUACAAACUACCAGAAAUUUAUUCUCAUGGGAAUUAUAUUAAACGCUUGAAAAAAUGAGACAAGCAAUGUAAGGUCCCUUUUGGGAAUGACAUGUUGGCUUUACACCACAUAUAUUUGUAUAGUCGCACCAAGUUAACUCUGCAUGCCAUUUGCUAUGAUAAAGCGUGGCGAUGUCAUCAUCAAUGUCACAUUUUAAUAACAAAACUUCCGUGAGACACAGACAUAUUAAAUAUAUUAAUAACGGGUCACUCACGUAUUUUAAGUCGAAAACGCUCGACAUGUUUCACUCCGUUUCCGUUUCGUCGACGCAAGCUCCUGAUGACGCUCUUCGGUACCGAGUGAAACAUGUCGAGCGUUUUCGACUUAAAAUACGUGAGUGACCCGUUAUUAAUAUAUUUAAUAUUAAUGUCACAUUUCUAUCUUAAUGACAUUCCUCACUUUGUUCUGUUCUUCUUCUUUAUCGGUCCCUCAUUACUGAGGAUCGUGACCACUUGGUUUUGCAGCUCCUGUGAUUUGUCUCCAUCAAAUUGUUGGUUGUUCUACUUGUUCUGUUCAAGUGCAGAGUUAGCUUAGACAGACUCUUUCGUACCUACUGAUUAUUUUGUGUGUUCAAAUUCUGGAAAGAUCUAAGUCCCCGGCAAGCUCGGCCGAAUUUCACUUUCCCAUACAAUCGGAGUUUUGUUCUCAUUUUAAAACUACGUGUUGGAUUGUAAUUAAACUGCACAUACAAUGACAUGAGGUAUAGUCCUGUAAUUAGUUUAUAUAGCACCAGUUUAAAACAAACGAAAUACGAGCAAAAACAAGUUUUGUAUGAAAAACUUAAAUUUGCUGCAUUUUUUUUACUAUGAUACCUGAAGCUACAUAAACUAAUUACAUACAUAGAUAUACCUUAUCCUAUUGUAAGUACAAAGUUUCAGAGCAAUCUAGUUAGUCGCUUUAAAAUGAGAGCGUAACGAAGUUUGUAUGGAGAACCGAACUUGCCGGGGACUCUAAAACUCCCGUGAGACUCUGACAUUAAAAUGUGGCAUUGUCUAUGAAAACGUACCAUAUUGUCGAUGGCGCUUACACCGCACUCCAUCGCACGGCGUUGCAUUUGUAUCGGAGCAUCGAUAUAAAUUUUAAAAUGGCGGAAGUGCCAUCGAUAAUAAGGUCCCUUUUCAUAGAUAACGUCACAAAUAUAUUUAUAACGGGUCACUCACGCGAUUUAAUCCGCUUGACAUCCUUGCGUGAGUGACCCAAUUUGAAAUGGAUUUCAGUAGAGCUAGUUAACCCGACCCUCGAAUACAUUCAUUAUAUUAAUGAUAGACUAGGAUAAGAAGGCUGAGUUUUACAUUAUGUAUCAUAAUUAUUUUUACUAUAAAUAAAAGUAAAGAGUUGACA